GCAUCUUCUACUGGCUCAUCGUUGUUCAGCACUGAGAAGACAACAAAUCUUCUACCUAAGGAUGACGACAGUGUUCAAACAGGUCAGACAACGACACCUUCACUUUCCACAGUAACGGGCAGAACAGAAAGUUCUUCUGCCGCUUCUCCAGUAGAUAGAGACUAUACUAGAGGCCAAACCAUUGACAUGUCCACACCAGUCUCGACUGUUGCAGGGUUAUCGUCAUCUGAUAUCGUCAAUGAGACAACACGAUCGCCUGAAGCUACGACGAUUCAAAUAGGCACAGAACCCGAAAUCUCCGGAGAAGGCUCUGCUGCUUUUGCUGACAAGUCAGUUGUGACCAUUGCCACUGCAUUCCCAACAUCUGCUGUCUCUGAUGGUAAACCCAUGAGCCCAUCAACGCUUUCUUCGAUUAUUCCAUCUGUCUCAUCAUCCACAACUCUGCAUGAUGAGUAUGAAGAAAUAAGUACAAGGUUUACAACUGUCGAGUCCAUUGAUGUACUCAGUGAAUCAAGUAUUCAACCUGACACAGCUUCAAAGCUCAUUGUCACAGAUCCAGAAAGUGCUGGACAAACACAUUCUAAUAUUACUGAUGAGUCAAUGAAGACAACAGCAGUUUAUACAACAAUAGGCACAAAGUCAGCUUCAGUCUCAGAAUCAUACACAUCUGAAACAAGUGAUUUGUCAAAAACUGCUGUUACGCCAGCCGUCUUACUCCGUAGCACAGCAAAACCAACAUUGGAAUCUACUGAAACAGAACAAACUUUUACCACAUCCCAUUCUCAAGCAAAAUCUGAAACUUCAUUUGACACGUCAAGCUCAGCCAUAACUGAUGGAAGGACCACAAAUCCAUAUACUAGUGGAUACCCUGAAGAAAUGUCCAGCAAACACAUGGAAUCUCCAACAGGUUCCUCGUUAAUCAGUCCAGAGACCACAACAGCAGAACAAAUUGAUAGCUUUUCAACAGAACUAAGAACUCUCCCCUCAGUUUCAUCUCUUACUGAAAAGCCAGAGAAAAGUGUUGGUGCUACUACAGAAGAUAUGGACGGUUCAGGAACUCCGAGUACAGACUUGUUCACAUCAUCUAUAACCGUUAUUGGUGCAUCGUCCAGUCUCUACAGUAUUGACACAACAACAGUAACAACAUCUCCUGAAUCAGAGUCUGCCUCUGUGAGAACAGAACAAGGUACUUCUGGUGAAAACAUCACUAAGUCUACUGAGACACCCAUCACUAAAACCACGUCUGGCUCUUCUGCUUUCAAUAUUCUGUCCGUCUCGACAUCAAGAAAAGCCGAAACAAGUGACACUUUAAAAACAGACGUUUCUUCAGCUUCAGCGCUCCAGAGCACAGAGGAACCAACAUCAAUGUCAUCUGAAACAUAUCAGACUCUUGCUACAGUGAAGUUGCAGGAAACGUCAGCAGUUCCAGAGGAAAGUUCAAAAUCUCCAAUUACAAGAGAAGAUAGGACAAGUAAACCAACAAGUGAAAUGUCUAGCAGAGACAUUGAAUCUUCAACUGGCUCAUCGUUGUUCAGCACUGAGAAGACAACAAAUGUUCUACCUAAGGAUGACGACAGUGUUCAAACAGGUCAGACAACGACACCUUCACUUUCCACAGUAACGGGCAGAACAGAAAGUUCUUCUGCCGCUUCUCCAGUAGAUAGAGACUAUACUAGAGGCCAAACCAUUGACAUGUCCACACCAGUAUCGACUGUUGCAGGGUUAUCGUCAUCUGAUAUCGUCAAUGAGACAACACGAUCGCCUGAAGCUAUGACGAUUCAAAUAGGCACAGAACCCGAAACCUCCGGAGAAGGAUCUGCUGCUUUUGCUGACAAGUCAGUUGUGACCAUUGCCACUGCAUUCCCAACAUCUGCUGUGUCUGAUGGUAAACCCAUGAACCCAUCAAUGCUUUCUUCGAUUAUUCCAUCUGUCUCAUCAUCCACAACUCUGCAUGAUGAGUUUGAAGAAAUGAGUACAAGGUUUACAACUGUCGAGUCCAUUGAUGUACUCAGUGAAUCAAGUAUUCAACCUGACGCAGCUUCAAAGCUCAUUGUCACUGAUGAGUCAAUGAAGACAACAGCAGUUUAUACAACAAUAGGCACAAAGUCAGCUUCAGUCUCAGAAUCAUACACAUCUGAAACAAGUGAUGUGUCAAAAACUGCUGUCACGCCAGCCGUCUUACUCCGCAGCACAGCAAAACCAACAUUGGAAUCUACUGAAACAGAACAAACUUUUACCACAUCCCAUUCUCAAGCAAAAUCUGAAACUUCAUUUGACACGUCAAGCUCAGCCAUAACUGAUGGAAGGACCACAAAUCCAUAUACUAGUGGAUACCCUGAAGAAAUGUCCAGCAAACACAUGGAAUCUCCAACAGGUUCCUCGUUAAUCAGUCCAGAGACCACAACAGCAGAACAAAUUGAUAGCUUUUCAACAGAACUAAGAACUCUCCCCUCAGUUUCAUCUCUUACUGAAAAGCCAGAGAAAAGUGUUGGUGCUACUACAGAAGAUAUGGACGGUUCAGGAACUCCGAGUACAGACUUGUUCACAUCAUCUAUAACCGUUAUUGGUGCAUCGUACAGUCUCUACAGUAUUGACACAACAACAGUAACAACAUCUCCUCAAUCAGAGUCUGCCUCUGUGAGAACAGAACAAGGUACUUCUGGUGAAAACAUCACUAAGUCUACUGAGACACCCAUCACUAAAACCACGUCUGGCUCUUCUGCUUUCAAUAUUCUGUCCGUCUCGACAUCAAGAAAAGCCGAAACAAGUGACACUUCAAAAACAGACGUUUCUUCAGCUUCAGCGCUCCAGAGCACAGAGGAACCAACAUCAAUGUCAUCUGAAACAUAUCAGACUCUUGCUACAGUGAAGUUGCAGGAAACGUCAGCAGUUCCAGAGGAAAGUUCAAAAUCUCCAAUUACAAGAGAAGAUAGGACAAGUAAACCAACAAGUGAAAUGUCUAGCAGAGACAUUGCAUCUUCUACUGGCUCAUCGUUGUUCAGCACUGAGAAGACAACAAAUCUUCUACCUAAGGAUGACGACAGUGUUCAAACAGGUCAGACAACCACACCUUCACUUUCCACAGUAACGGGCAGAACAGAAAGUUCUUCUGCCGCUUCUCCAGUAGAUAGAGACUAUACUAGAGGCCAAACCAUUGACAUGUCCACACCAGUAUCGACUGUUGCAGGGUUAUCGUCAUCUGAUAUCGUCAAUGAGACAACACGAUCGCCUGAAGCUAUGACGAUUCAAAUAGGCACAGAACCCGAAACCUCCGGAGAAGGCUCUGCUGCUUUUGCUGACAAGUCAGUUGUGACCAUUGCCACUGCAUUCCCAACAUCUGCUGUCUCUGAUGCUAAACCCAUGAGCCCAUCAACGCUUUUCUUCGAUUAUUCCAUCUGUCUCAUCAUCCACAACUCUGCAUGAUGAGUAUGAAGAAAUGAGUACAAGGUUUACAACUGUCGAGUCCAUUGAUGUACUCAGUGAAUCAAGUAUUCAACCUGACGCAGCUUCAAAGCUCAUUGUCACUGAU